GGUGUUUCUUUCGACGAAGCGACUUCAUUUUUCAUUCGGAAGGAGAGAGGGAUCGGGAACAUGUCGGCGGGAGACUCACGGGAAGGAAGUGUUGCCAGAGACAGCCACACAGCAACAGACAGGGCGGCAUGCACGGAGAACCUAACGGAGACAGAUGCCUUCAUCAGAAGCUCUUUAGCUCUGGAUCCUGCAGAGGAGUACAAGAUGACCAACAAAAGACGAGGCCUUGCGCUCAUCUUUAACCAGGAGCGUUUCUUCUGGCGCCUGGGCUUAAACGACAGGCACGGGACCAACGCUGAUCGCUACAACCUGGAGAGAAGGCUGAUUGCCCUGGGCUUUGAAGUGAAAAGUUACGAUAACUACAAACAGGAGGAGGUCUUAGAAAUAAUCAAUUCAGCUUCUGGGGCCAAUCACUCAGAAGCAGACUGCUUUUUGCUCAUCUUCCUGAGCCACGGUGAGAACGACCACGUUUAUACAUACGACGGCAAGAUCGCUAUUCAGGACAUCACAGCCAUGUUCAAAGGAGACAAGUGCAAGAGUCUUGUAGGAAAACCAAAGAUCUUUAUCUUACAGGCGUGUCGUGGAGACAAGCACGAUGACCCAGUGCUGGCCUGCGAUGCCGUGGACAAUGAAAUUAGGACGAAUGAGGUGGUGGUGGACGCCAGCGCUGUCUACACCCUCCCUGCUGGAGCUGAUUUCCUGAUGUGCUACUCUGUGGCUGAAGGCUACUAUUCCCACCGGGAGACCAUCAAUGGAUCCUGGUAUAUCCAGGAUCUAUGUGAGCUGCUUCAAAGGUUCGGGGAUUCGCUCGAAAUCACAGAGCUUCUCACGUUGGUCAACAGAAAAGUGUCAAUGAGGAGCGUUGGGAACUCUAGUGACCGGAACGCCAUCGGGAAGAAGCAAGUACCUUGCUUUGCUUCAAUGCUCACCAAGAAACUAUACUUCAGACCAAAAAAGUAACAGUUUCUGAUCAGUCAUUGAAUAAGAUGUUUUUUAAAAUUGUUUCCUGUGCAACAGAUUCUGUUAAAUUCAGAUGUAAAUGAUGUUUUUCCUGUGGUCCACUUCUGUAUGUCGUUGCUGAGCACAAUUAUCUACAGAUGCAAUCAACAACCUGCUAAUUUACAGGUGUAAAAUUUCCAUUCAAACCAGUGGUUCUAAAAUAACAGGAAUGUGCCUUUCCCACGAUGAGAUGAAAUGUGGAGGUUCUCCUGGGCUCAGGCGAUCACACCUGAAACCUGUCAAGUUUCACAUUGAGAAAUAAUAAUCAUGUCUGGGUAGAACCAUGACUCAGUUAAUGAAGGUGAUUAAAAAUGUAUGCAUCAACAUGUCAGGAGGAUCAAGACGGGGAUAUGAUUACUGACCAGGUACCUGUAAACCAGUGAAUGACACAGACUAAUCAACUCUCUUUACCUGUUUUUCCACGAUAAAGUGAACAAAAAAACUAGGAUAAGAUUAGGUUAUAAUGUAAUCCAAUAUCAGCCCUGCAGUAUUUACCUCGACCGAGGACGUUAUGUUUUCAUCUGCGUUUCUUGGUUCGCCGGAUUAUGGAGGAUCUAGAGUUUUUUCUCAUAUGGCGAGAUAGAGCAUUAGCCUUUGUGUAGGUAUGCGCUCUCUGAGUGCCCUUCUCAAGCUAAAUCAGUAUAUUGGAGACUCAUCACAGCUACAUGUGUUCAAAAGAUUUAUAAAAAAGUCUGUCCUGCAAACUCAACUGUAAAACUCAGCACAGCACUGUGUUUUCAUUAUACUGUAGCACAGCCACUCAGAUUAAUGAGUCGGUAAAAAUGAAUAAAUGUGAUUAUCCCUUAGUAUUGUUUAUUAGAUAACUAGUUCUUUACUGCGGCUGUUAGACUAACAAAGACCACAUGUGUAACAUCAUUAAAGCUGAUGUACUUUUUAAAAAAUCGAAUAUUAAAAAGGAAGGAAAGGAGCGGAGUAAGCAUUUUAUAUAGCAAAUGCUUUUUAUACAUGAGUAAUCUUUGGGUGUUCUUUAGUAAUUAAAUUCAGGAUCUGGGCGACUUUCCACUUGAGCUAAACAAUUUAAAUAAUUUCCUGGAGGAAGCCCUGAAUGCAUCUUUACAGUAAAUGUAUUUUACCAGAUGAUUUCUUUUUCCACCUUCCAGAGGCUUUCUGGUCCAAAAUGUCCAGUCUCAGGGUGACUCCAUAUUAAAUAUAAACUUUAUAAAGACAAAUGUGAAUGUAAUUUCUUCCACUGCUUUCUUUGUGCCAGAAAUGUGAAAUCAGCAGUUAAUACUGAGAUCUUAAUUCGUGUAUUGGAUUGCUGUAUGUGGUAAGAUGUUCCUUCCUGUUAUUUUAUCCUACCACUGUAACUCUAACGGAAAGAUGACCAUGGACCACCUUCUGUGUUAGCUAGUCUACACAGCCUUGUUAAAUCCAGUUUAAACCACUGUGGUACCACAACAGUACUGUCUUCUUUUUGUCUCUGCUGUAAAAUCAGUUGCAUGUAUGUCAGAUAUUUCCCCACUCACUGUAUGUUCUUUGUGAGGCAGGUGACCUGACAGCACAGCAACCGGGCUUGAUGAUACCGAUGAUGAUUUUGUUCACAUCAUGGUUUAACUGUUUCUAUCAGCAUCAAUGAUUGCGUACACACAUUAUCCAGGGACAACAUUAACAUGCUGUUUGUCCUAACUCACGCCACCAAAAAGGGAAUUUAUGUCUGUGCUAUUCUUUGUGUUGUAGCAGUUCACGGUACUAAAUUUUAAUAUUGCGUAUUUGCACCCAAAACAGCAGCAAACGACAAUGAGGAAAACUACCUCAGGGAGAAGGGGUGUCCUGUUCUAAAACACGUACUGUGGACCUAAAACACUUUCAGCUGUGUUGCAUGACCAAUACUCAGGAAAUACAUAACUACCAGCAAACACGCAUUCUGUAUUUUUGUGGUCUGAAUCAUGUGACUUUUUUUUUUUACAAUAAAUCCUGUGUGACAUCAA